GGGUUUAUGUUUUCUUCAGGUUCUGGCGAGAGAGAGAGAGAGAGAGAGUCAAAUUUCUAGGCUGUGUGUGUGUGUGUGUGUGGGUAUGGUGUGAAUUGGUGAUCUUCUUCAUCACCAAAAGCAAUGGUGUGUGAAGUAAUUCUAUGGGUAAUCUUCUUCAUCUUCAACAUGACCCUCUUAGCUCUCGAUUUCUAUCAGAUUGUGUGUUUAUCGGAUUUGGAGGCCGAUUAUAUGAAUCUAUACGAGUCAUCGUCUCGUAUUAAUGCCGUGAUUGUCCCUGAGUUUGUAGUUCAUGGUUUGUUCUGCUCUCUAUUCCUUGUGACCGCCCAUUGGUUCAUGUUCCUGCUUAUGCUUCCCAUUGCCUACUACAACACCAUGUUAUUUAUAAAGCGACAACAUCUUAUUGACGUCACUGAGGUCUUUAGAUUUCUUAAAGCUGAGAAAAAGUAUCGAGUUAUCAAACUUUCCUUCUACUUAGUUCUCUUGGUCUUGGUCAUUUUCAGGUUUGUUCUGUCUAUGUUAAACUCUAUAGUUGAUGAAGAUGAUGGUGUACAUGGAUCUUGGUGGUACUGAUUUCCACCACUUUGAUGCAGUAUGAUUGCCAGUCCUUGCAGGUAGCCCAUUCUGAGUGCCCUUAGGCCAGCAUGUGCACCAUCAUCAUUCUCCGCUCUAGCGCCUAUUUAGUGAGCAAACCUACACUUUCUGGACAAAUUGCAUUGGAGCACGCUUUAACCCUGCUCGAGCAUGCUUCUGCUCUCCACCGACAACAGAACAUUGCUUCAAACAAGCAAAUGAGUGCACAUAUUGGCAUGUAUGAUUGAUCUAUAAUAUAUAUGCCGAUAUGCAAGUAAUUUUUACUCUGCAAGCAAAGAUGCUUAGUCUUCACUCCUGCUUUCACAGUUUUGAGGAUUGUAAGUUGCAUAUUUAGCAUACCAUUUCAAAAUCUUUGUUUGACAUGUGUGUUGACUUGUAGUUUGACAUCCUCAUUCAUUGAAAAGAUGGAUGAUAUUAGUAUAAAAAGUACGCUUGUGAUAUGGCAUUUUGUUUGUAUAUUUG